UCUGGCCCCAGCCAAAUCAUUGGACAACUUUUGUUCUGGGUGCAGAGUAUUCUAUGUGGCUGUUCAAGCAUGUUGGUUGUGUUUAAUGUGCUCAAGUUACAUCGAUAUCUUGUUGGAAAUAGUUUGUUUUAUAUACAUGUAUAGCCAAGUCUUCGAAAACUGAGAGAAAAAAAUCCAUAUUUUUGUACAAUUACAAGUGGUUGACGUGGAUCUUGUGGACGAGGAUCACCACUGGAUUUCUCUGCAUGAAACAUGGAUUUCUUCAUUCAAACAUUUCUGCUGUCACUUUUUGUUACAGGAUUGCGGGGUCAAACCACCUUGGCACCGUGUCAAUCCAAUGAGAGGCGAUGUGAUGACAUGACCUGCCUGGCAAGUGACAAAUUCUGCGAUUUCCGCGAGGAUUGCCCAGAUGCCUCCGAUGAACUCUCUUGCCCUAAGACGUGCAACUUUGAAGAUGGCUUGUGUUACUGGACCCAAGACACAGCGGAUGAUUUUGAUUGGAGCGUGCGUCUCGGAGGGCAGGACCCUGGUGACCGCUACCAGGGACCAAAGGAAGACCACACACUAGGCAGUUUCACUGGUCACUACCUGUAUGUUGAUGGUUCAACUUCACCAGGGCUCAACAACCGUGCCCGAAUCAUCAGCCCCACGUUCUCCCUCUGUGGCCGCUCCUGCAAGAUCAGCCUCUGGUACUACAUCUUUGGCGUGGAGUUCGGUGACCUCGAGGUCAUCAUCCGAACCAGCGUCGGCGAGCGCAAGUUGUUGAAGCUCAGCGACGAUAUCAGCGACAAGAAUGCGUGGAUCUACGAGGACUUUGCCGUUGACUCUUGCGCGACAAAUUUCCAGAUAAUCAUAGAUGCGGAGGACAGACAGGAAAUUCCAUCAGAGGGAGGCUUUGCCAUUGACGACAUACGCUUUGAAGACUGCGCGCCUGCCGAGAGUCAACUCAUCUGCGGGAUCACUGAGUCGCAGUGCUCGUCUGGCCAGUGCUACCCGACGUCCCGCCGCUGUGACUUCCAGGUAGACUGCUGCGACUUGAGCGACGAGCAGCAAUCCUUCUGCAGGAACUAUGGCUACUCCAUGUGUGAUUUUGAGUCCGGUAUCUGCGGUGACAUGUGGUACCAGGCUGCCAAUGACGACUUUGACUGGACACGGCGCAAGGGAGCUACGGGAUCUGACGGCACUGGGCCAAGAACUGACCACACCACCUACACGUCUGAAGGUUAUUACAUCUACACGGAGGCUAGCUCGCCCAGAAUCAUCAAUGACAAGGCUCAACUUGCCUCCUACCCCCUCAGAGCUCCUGCAGUGGUGGACGGUUGCUCACUGCGCUUUUUCUACCACAUGCGUGGUGACUUUGUCGGCGCCCUCAACGUCUACACGAUGACCAAGAUGAACGGACCCAUGACCCUCAUCUGGAGCCGAGAGGGCGAGAAGGAUUACUGGUCCCGCAAAGAACUUGUGCUGCAGAGCACCUCAGAUUUCAUGAUCAUUAUUGAAGGCGUCAUUGGUCUAACAGCAGAGGGCGACAUUGCACUGGACGACGUCUCCCUGACCCCAGGAUGUAUCAGGUCACCUGACCCGCUCCCUGUUGCAACCACACAAGCGCCAGGAACAACCGUGCCAUCCCACUGUCGGCGACGGACCGAUUUCUCAUGUUACGAUGGAAUGACGUGCAUCGAUGAAAACAAAGUGUGCGACUUCAGGCCCGACUGCCCGGAUGGAUCUGAUGAAAUGACGUGCCCGAUGGCCUGCUCUUUUGAAUCGGACACCUGUUUCUUCACCGAGACGAUGCCGGACAACUUUGAUUGGCUGAGAGCUAGGGGUGCUGACACCAUAGCAACCCCUAAUGCAGCGCCGAGGGAAGACACUACACUCCGAACGGACCAAGGCUAUUACAUGUACAUAGCAGCAGUGGGUAUUAUCACGGAGGCCCAGAUUGCAGAGAUCUCGGGAGCGACCUACAAUGGUGCCGGCACCAACUGCAAGUUCAGCUUCUAUUACUACAUGGCGGGAACGUUGCCGGGGGAGCUCAGUCUCUUCCUUGACGACCAGGUCACCAAGGAUACGGUGUUGCUAUGGCAGAAGAGGUUGUCGCAGGGCGAGCAGUGGCAGCGGGCGGUGGUCGGAAUUGGGAGGAGGAGGGACCCAUUUAAGCUCCGUUUCUCCAAGUCACGCACAGAGCGCUACCAGGGCAAGAUAGCCAUUGAUGACGUCUCCUUCAUGGAUUGCAUGCUGCCCCCCGAGGACCCAACAUGUCCCCCCUCCAAACUCUCCUGCGGCAACCUGGCCUGCAUCGACGAGUCCAAAGUCUGCGACUUGGCCGACGAUUGCGGUGACAGAUCUGAUGAGACGGACCUGCUGUGUAGUGUCAGCGGUUACACGCUGUGCAAUUUUGAGACAGACCUUUGCGGCUGGGUGCAGUCAACCACCGAUGAGCUAGACUGGACGCGAUGGAACGGUACUACUGAAGACAUCAACAGUGGGCCAUCUAGGGAUCAUACGUAUGGGACUAGCCUAGGUCAUUUCAUCUACUUGGACGGUCGGUUCUCGCACACCUACAAGGCCAAGGCACAGAUCACGAGUCCUAACUUCCAGUCUGCCCCAGACGGCUCAUGCCAGCUACGUUUCUUCUAUCACAUGUACGGUGAAGACGUGGAUUAUUUGAAUGUGUACGCCAGUCGCUAUGCCAACACUACAUCCCUGAAUGAUCCGGUUUGGUUCCGCUUCACCGAGCAGGGGAACUACUGGCAGAGAGCGGAGAUUACGCUCACGACCUCCUAUAAUUUCAUGAUUGUAAUAGAAGCAACCAUUGGUGAUGGUCUGAACGGAGACAUAGCUAUCGAUGACGUUUCGCUAACAUCUGGCUGCAUUGUGUACAACGGUCAACUUCCAAACACUCCCGCUGAUGACACUACGACCUUGUCACCUACGACCCCUGACCUGCAGGGCAACUGUUACGAAGGUCGGAUCUUCUGUGCUCCGGAGAACAAGUGCAUUCCCAGGAGGCACGCGUGUGACUUCCGCAAGGAUUGCUCAGAUGGGUCGGAUGAGGCUGGUUGUGUCCAGGACUGCGAUUUUGAGACGGGCGUCUGCGGAUGGCAAGAGGUGCAGCCGAGGGCGCUUGAAGGGUCACAUGAUCAGCGAGAGUUGCCACGGUUUCAGUGGGUCAGAGGUCAGCCUAACUCACGGGAACCUGGAGAAUCGAGGCCUGAUGUUGACCACACAAUUGGGACAGGAAAUGGAUGGUACAUGUACGUGGAUAGCUCGCCAGGCACCCUAUUUGACACGACGGAGCUCAACACUCCAACCAUCUCACUGAGUGGGGGUAACUGCCAGAUGAGGCUGUAUUAUCACAUGUACGGCACGGACGUGGACACGCUGAGUGUCUACACGGAGGCUUUUGGUUACCGGCGGCUGAUGUGGAACCGGAUUGGAAGUACCAGCCAGGACAAGUGGAGGAAGGAGAAUGUUUACAUCGGCACUAAUCAGAAUUUCAAGAUUAUUAUUGAAGUGAGACGUGGAGCUAGCUUUGUUGGGGAUGUGACGAUAGAUGACGUUACUUUCAUUGAUUGUGAACCUCCGAUUAUCGAUGGAACACCGUGCACGGAGGACCAGUUUACCUGCAGUAACUCCCACUGCAUCGACGCUGCCAGGGUCUGUGACUAUGGCAACGAUUGCAUGGAUUACUCAGAUGAGCUACACUGCACUGGCUACCCUGGGCGCUGUGACUUCUCUCUGGACAUCUGCGAUUGGUUCCAAGAUGACGAGGAGGAAUUUGAUUGGACGCUGAGGGGCGGCAACACAAUCAACCCUGGAACAGGACCGCUGCAUGAUCACACGAAUCUCAACUACGCUAAUGGCUAUUACAUCUACACGGAGGCGCUUUACCCGAGACAAGCCGGUGACCGAGCCAGAAUACAUAGCCCCACUAUGAGCAGGAAGAGUACCAGUGACUGCACGUUCCGUUUCUGGUACAACAUGAACGGGAAUGACAUCGGUACCUUGGAGGUCUGGCAGGUCACGUCUUACCGACGUCCCGAUGAGGUCAUCAUGAUUGAUUCCCUGACUGGAGAUCAAGGAGACGACUGGCAGCUCAGGGAGGUCCCUCUACCAACUAAGGACAAAGACUUCGAUAUUGUUUUAGAGGGUGUCCUUGGCGAUGGCAGGCAGAGCGAGAUAGCCCUGGAUGAUUUCUCCUUCACGUCCUCCUGUAUCGGAGGCGGAGUCAUGCCCGACUCCCCCUUCAACAACCGCACCGAGAAGUACUGCACAGACGGCCGGCUCCAGUGCGCCACCACCAAUCAGUGCUACGACCCGCUCAGCCGCUGCGAUUUUGUGGCCGACUGUGCCGAUGGCUCAGAUGAAAUAUGUGGAAAUACCUGCGAUUUUGAGACGGACACCUGCGGUUGGAAAAAUUCCUACAGGGAGAACCUGGACUGGUUGCGGGCCAGCGGAGACCAGACUGAGAACCUGAAUACGGGACCUACUGUUGAUCACACACUAGAAACAGAUUUAGGUUACUACAUGUACGUAGACACCAGCCAAGCAUCAGGCAUCAUCGGCGGUGAUGACCAGGAGAAAGCUCACCUACAAUCACUAACUUACCAACACUCUGGGGAUGCUUGCACGCUGUCACUGUGGUAUCACAUGAAAGGCAGCACUAUCGGAUCACUGGGUGUCUUCAUCAAGGCAAACGGACAGGUUACGCAGCUGUUUGCCGUUGCCGGUAGUCAAGGUAACGAAUGGCGGUCCACUGGAGACCUCCUGAUUGGACACCAAGAAAACUUUGCCAUAAUCAUUGAGGCUGUCCGAGGUAUAACCAUAACCGGCGAUAUCGCGAUUGAUGACGUCACUCUGGAGAACUGCAGGGACGAUGGUUUCACCCGGCCCUGCUCAGACCAGGAGAUCACGUGUGGUAACGGCCAGUGUGUCUCUCUCACCCACGUCUGCGAUUACGGAUAUGACUGCCUGGAUGGUGCAGAUGAAAGAAAUUGUGAACCACAGCCCGCAGACUGCAACUUUGACCAAUACCCAUUUGCGACAGCCUGCGGUUGGACCCAGCUGAAUAACGAUGAUUUUGAUUGGUCGCAGGGUCAGAGUACACCAACUGGUGAAACGGGACCGAGCAGUGACCAUAAUGCGGACGGUGGCAGUUUCCUCUUCAUUGAAGCCUCUGGUCGGAGGCAGAAUGACAUGGCACGGGUCGCUACCCCUGUCUUCCCGGCUAGCAGCAGUGUCUGCCUGAUGCGAUUCUGGUAUCAUAUGUGGGGAACAAACGUUGGGACUUUACAGGUGUAUACCAAGUCAGCUUCAUCAGAUGGUCACAUGACCCUCAUGUGGACGGCCACCGGCCCCCAGGGAAAUCAAUGGAAUUAUGGCAGUCUCUUUGUCUCCAACAACAACAACUUCUCGGUCGUGUUCCAAGGGAUCGUGGACAGCACAGGCCUCUCGGACAUUGCAAUCGAUGAUGUCACAUUCAUGGAAAGUUGUGGGAAACCCGAGGAAGCCGUUCCCAUAGAGAUCCCAAGUCUCUGUGGUUACGAGGAGGUUCUCUGUCCUGCUGAUAAGGUCUGCAUCCCUAAGACGUGGCUCUGUGACGGGGAUGUGGACUGCCCGACAGACCUGUAUGAUGAACGCAAAGACGGCUUUGUCUGCCCGAUAAACUCAACAACUCCGGAAGAAAAUUAUAAUCCAAGUGUAAGCAGUAAUACCGGCUUGAUUGUUGGCCUGGCCAUACUCUCAGUCGUCAUAGCUCUAGGAUUGGUCCUCCUUGUUGUGUACUUUGUCAAAUUCAGGAAACCUGCAAAAUCUGCUGAUCCAUCUGUGCCUUCAGGACUUGACAAUCCUACAUACAGCAAUCAAAAAGACACAGGCCUGCCUGGUGAGACAACCGGUGAGAUUGCGUACACGGCCUCAGGGGUGGGGUUUACCAACUUAAAGGAGGAGAUGGCGUGAGGGAUCAUUGCCCUAUCAUUGGGCACUUUACUCUGGAGGGUGGCCUCAUUAAUUUUGACAUUUUUGUUUUGAUAUUUCACUUUUGUUGAUAUUUUCCCAAUUUAAUGCAGAUAGCUUUAAGGGUUCCCACAGUCAUGGACAAUCCUGGAAAAUCCUUGAAUUUAGAGCUACUGGUAUCAUAGAAAGUCAUGGAAUUUUGAUAUUGCAAGGAAAAGGUCAUGGGAAAAGUCAUGGAAUAUAUCAUUUCAAGAUUUCCCUGGGAACCCGGAAUUCUCUAUGUGUACCUCUCAGUGUACCUUCGUCUCCAUCAAUGCACAGUUUAAUGAAGCAAAGUCUUUAUUGUUUAAAUACUUUUUACUUUGUUAAAAUUGUUCCCCAACAACAUUUUCGGCUUAAAUUAGAGUACUUUUACUUUUGUGGCUCCAAUAAGAUGUCCCUUUUAAUAAGCACUCAUACCUCGGUCAGCCUAAUUUGUCGUUUUGUUACUAGUUUGAUUGUUCGCAUCCAGAUUUGGAAGUUGUAUUGAGCAUUAUUGUGUAACUGUUAAGGGUAAGAUCUGUUUAACAAUUUUUUUUGGAAUGUUGGUUGACAAAGGGCAGACUUGACUAUAAAGACCAAGUCAGUACCUAUUUCGACCCGAAAGGUCACUCCAGUAGCUAAACUUGGGUUAAACUUCUUUGGAUGGAAUAUAAGAUGUUGAAAAUCGCUAAACGUAGUUUGAAACAAAAUAUGCACUUAGCCUAGUAUUUCUGUUAUUGUUUCGACCUCUGUUGCCGAUUUGUGAAGAUAAAGCAAGAAAUAAAAGCCAAUAUAAAUACACCAACACAUUCUG